AUGGUUCAUCAUGAGGAAAGACUGCCUGUUAAAUCUCAGCUCAGUGUCUUCAGCGCCUCAGUGUUUCUUCUUCUAACACACACCUGUGCAGGUCAGUCUCUGCUGAUUGGUCCACCUCAGCCAAUAGUAGCAAUAGUUGGCGAUGACACCAUCUUGCCGUGCCACCUGGAACCUGCCGUGGCUGUUAUUGGCAGGACAGUGGUGUGGACGAGACCUGACCUGAAGCCCAGCUUCGUCCAUGUGUGGCGAGAAGGUGUGGACCUUAUAGUUCACCACUACCCGUCCUACAAGGGAAGAACGUCUCUGUUCACGGACAAACUGAAGCAUGGAGACGUUUCACUGAAACUCUCUGAAGUGAAACUCUCUGAUGAGGGAAAAUACAGAUGCUUCAUUCCUUCACUGGGUAAAGAAACUUCUGUAGAGCUUGUUGUUGGUCAGUAUCAGCUGAUUGGUCCACCUCAGCCAAUAGUGGUGAUACUUGGUGAUGACGUCACUUUGCCAUGCCACCUGGAGCCUGCCAGGGAUGUCACUGCCAGGGCUGUGGAGUGGACGAGACAUGACCUGAAGCCCAGCUUUGUCCAUGUGUGGCGUGAAGGUCUGGAACUUCUGAUUGAUCAACACCCAUCCUACAAAGGCAGAACGUCUCUGUUCAUGGACAAACUGAAGCAUGGAGACGUUUCACUGAAACUCUCUGAAGUCAAACUCUCUGAUGAGGGAAAAUACAGAUGCUUCAUUCCUUCACUGGGUAAAGAAAUGACUGUGGAGCUUGUUGUUGGUGCUGCCUCCUCUCCUGUCCUCAAUGUGACCAAAAGCAGCAGUGGAGUGGUUUUAGAGUGUGAAAGUAAAGGUUGGUACCCAGAGCCUGAGCUGUUUUGGCUGGACGCUGAGGGAAAGCUCCUCUCUGCUGGAGCUCCAGAGACAGUCAGAGGUCCUGAUGGCCUCUAUACUGUCAGCAGCAGAGUGACUGUGGAGAAGAGCCACAGCAACAGCUUCACCUGCAGGGUUCAGCAGCUCAGCAUCAACCAGACCAGGGACACACACAUCCACUUUCCAGAUGAUUUCAUCCUGUCUCCUGUUGUUUCUGACGCCAUUGUGCGAGUAUAG